GCGACCUUCGGCGAGGCGGCGAUGACGCCACGUCCGUCCGGCCCGAAGGGUAAAGUCGACGGGCGAACGCUCCGGCUGUACAGUGCAGCUCGGUGAGGGCAUCGCCGUGGCAGAGUCCGGUGAAGUCCAGAGGUUCGGUGUGUCUGUAAAUCGAGAAAAACCACUAGGUCAUCUGGGUCAUUUCGGUGAUCCUAGCCCUAAACACUAGGGUUUUGGCACGGCCCUUUCCCGUGUAGCUCAAAGCGACGAGAUACGGUAGGUAGGUAGGUAGGUAGGUAGGUAGGUUUUUAUUUGUUUUAUUAUGAUUUUAACGUCAUGUUUUUACACUUAGAUAGAUAGAUAGAUAGAUAGAUAGAUAGAUAGAUAGAUAGAUAGAUAGAUAGAUUUUUUUGUGUUUUAUUAUGAUUUUAACGUCAUGUUUUUACACAUAGAUAGAUAGAUAGAUAGAUGAUAGAUAGAUAGAUAGAUAGAUAGAUAGAUAGAUAGAUAGAUAGAUAGAUAGAUAGAUAGAUUUAUGUUAUUAGGAUUUUAACGUCAUGUUUUUACACUUUUAGGGACAAGAGAUGCCACCCGAGGCAAAGUCAGACCGAGGAACAGGGUUAGCCCCUAAACACUGAGGUCAUGGUCAGGGUGAGGUGUAAGGGUCAGUGGAAUGUUUUUUAUGUGUCUCAGAAUGUUUUUCAUCGUGUUCUGUGACGUUUAGAUGAUGACACGUAGUCAGAGAUGCCCCGUUUGCGGGGUGGACUAUUGUAACCUGUCCCAGCAUCUGUUAAAAUUUCAUCUGGUCUGCAACACCGAGGAAAAGACCCUGCUGUUGCAGCUGGCAAGCGGGCGGUGAGAAUGAGCCUGAAAAUUCCUUUGACACGUCAUUGAAAAUGCAUUGAAAAUGCAUUGAAAUUGGUAAUUGGUCGAAUGCGUCGUGUCGAACACAAGAAAACACAUGUUCUUUCUGUUCAGUAUCAGGGACAAAUUCACGUGCAGUGUGCCCGGUUGCAAGAGUAAGACCAUCAAGCGGUUAGACCGGCACUACUUGACGGUGCACGGCGACCUAAAGGUGGGUGAUCUUUCUUGUCUCUCGAACACCGAAUCGCAUUGGCCUUGGCGCGCCGGGUGACCGAGCUGGAGGCCCGGCUGGGCCUCGUGCCUCAGGGGAUUUGCCCCAGAGUACAGUGUCAAGAGAAUCUGUACGAGCUGGGGCGUCUCCAGAGGCUGGUGUCGCGUAGUCCUAAGAAGUCACUCAGGCAGAAGUUCUCCAGACGCGAGAACUUUCAGGAGCACUAGUCUCCCGUGUACGAGAAGUUGCUGCAGGAAUUCCUCAGCCACUGUGUGGGGACAAACCCGUCGGCGAAGAAAUUGGAGAAUGGCAAGGGCUCCGUCACCCACAUGAGGAGAUUCCUGAUCUUCGCCGGCGAGGGCCGACUCAUCAAGGGGAACUUCGGGUUCCUAAGUUCACACAGCUGCAUCAGAAAUUGGAUCAGAGUCUUGCUCGAAGACAAGCUGGCCGCCACCACCAUACGAUGUAAUCUGAUGAGCCUUCGUAAAUUUUUUGAAUUCCUAUCGUACGUCCCAAGGAAGACUUUAAAUUUGAAUGGCGUACAGUUUAUUUGGCUGCGUAAUGAGAUAAAGCUCAGGCUGAGAGACAUACAGAAGGACGUGACCUGCCACAGACAGUCCGUCCGCAAGCAGGCGACCAAGAACAUGGUCCCGGGCAGGAUCUGAAGUGCUUUAGAAGGGAGGCCAGCCUAAUUCUACCGGCCAAGAUCGAAUCCCUCAAGCACGGUGUCGGUGAGAACCUGCGACAGGUGUUUGGACUCUUGACCGGGUACUUUGUGUCCAUCUCCGGUCACAGGGCCGGCGUGCUGAAGAACUUAAAGGUGGAGGAGGUGCAGAACGCAGAGGUGGAUGGGGACCACGUCACUAUAGACGUGGAGGAACACAAGAGUGCCGCCACGUACAGACACGCACAGCUCAGCCUGAGCCUUCGCGAGUUCGAGUGGCUGGAAGGCGUGAUCGUGGCCCGUGAGAAUUUCCCCGGCUCGGAGUCGCCUUAUUUCUUUUUUAACUCUGCGGGUGGCAGGUGCGAAAAAGUACUGUCGUACUUUAAGAUUGAAUGGAGCAGGAUGGGCUUCGGGGGUUCCUACACCUUUAGGAACCUCCGUACCUCCAUGGUGCACCACACCAAGAACCUCAGCCCCAGGAAGAGGCUCGCGGUGCACAGGGCAAUGUGCCACUUGGAGUCCGUCGCCGCCAAGUUUUACGUGCCUCUCAAUAGCGUCGAGGAGGCCAGACUCCAGGAGGCAGCGGGCGAGGACGAACACCGCGCCGGCCCCUCCGGCAGCCGCAGCAGAAGCUCGCGCAGACGGACCGCACCCAGCUCCGAGGACUCUGGAGAGGAGGACGAGGAGGUGGCGAGCUCGACCCCCGAACGCCACCGGGUGCAGAGGGCCCAGCGCUCCAGGAUCAUCCGACCGCGGGACUCCUCCGAUUCCGACGAGCCCACGUCCGUGGGCGUGCAGGCGGAGAGGAGUCCUCCAUCGGGUUACACGGUGUUGGGGAUCGGGCCCUCUCCGGACCACUCGUACUGUGGCACCCCGGUCAAGGUGAAGGAGGAGGUCAUGGACGCCAUCAUCUGUUCGGGGCGUCCCAGCGUCCGCCUGAGGAUGAUCUCUUUGUCUUCGAGCUCCUCCUCCUCCUCGAACGACAAGACGGCGGUGGAGGAGAUGCCCCUUGAACCCAGUGCCACGUUCUAGGUCAACGUGUAGAUGUCCAUUGGGCCUCUUUCUCUUUUCGGUCCUCGCGAUCACGUUCAGUUCUGGGGCAGUUGUUCUUGGAAGUUUGCCAAUACCUGUACGUAGUUGUCUGUUCCCGACAUCGAUUGUAAAUAGUACCGUCUCUUGUCAUCACUUUUGAAUAGUUGUUUACUUUUUUCGUUUCUUUGUAAGUGGUUUCUUUAGUUUGCCAAUACUGUAACGUAUCGUUUGUCUUUUGUCACUGCUUGUAAGUAGUUCCAUGUUUUGUCGUUGUUUGUGAACGAUUGCCUUCUUUGGUUUUUGCGUGUUAGGGUUUGUGAUUAAAGUCUCUGUUUGCCAUCACGACGGGUCUGUCUCUCU